AUGGGAUGCCUCCGGGCGCCUCUCCCCCCUCCCCCCUCCUACCCGCCACGUCGCUUUCCUUACUCGCCGGCCUGGGCUGGGCCAAGUUACGCUUCCUCCCGGGACCUCGCCUCCCGCCCCUGGGCCGCCGCGCGCCGAGUGGUAAUUACCGUUUUCACGGCGUCGCGACGCGUCUCCGCGCCCGCCCCCCACCAAAACAAAGCGGUAACGAGCGCGCGUCUUGCGGAUAAUCCAAUAGCGGGACGCGCCGGGGGCGGGGUGGCCAUCCGUCCGUCCGCGGGAACGCCGCCCCUGGCCAUUGUUGCAGCCUUUGUCCGAGAACAAUCGCCGCCUCCCCGCCCGCCGCCGCCGCCGCCGCCGCCACCGCCGCCGCCAGGUCCACCUCCGCCUCCUGCUCGCUUCUCCUCCGACGCCUCCUCCUCGUCUUGUUACCGCUGUUGCUGCCACUGCCGCCACAGCCACCGUGUCCGUUCCGGUCCGUUCACAGCACUCCGUCGCUGGAUGCACCCGAGCAAGAACAGGACGGCAGCGAUGGAUUCUUCCCAUUGA